ACCCCUCUCUGCGCGGCAUUCCCCUCUGCGCCGCUUGAUGCGCCCAGCGCUGCGUCCGCUUGCCCGUCUGCUCCGCCCGCCGCACCCGCACCCGCCCGCCCCGCUCCGCCGCUGCAGCAUGUCUGCGCCCCUCGACCGCGCCGCGCUCGACGCCGCCGUGGCCGCGCAGGGCAUCAAGGUGCGCGACCUCAAGAUCGCAAAGGCCGCCGCCGACGUCGUCGACCCCGAGAUAAAGGCGCUGCUGCGCCUCAAGGAGCAGCUCAAGCAGCUCACCCUCGCCGACGCGCCCGCCGCCGGCGCCAGCAAGGCCGCGCCCGCCGCGGCCUUCAUGCUCAAGACGCCCAAGGGCACGCGCGACUGGGAGCCGCUGAGCAUGGCGCUGCGCGCGCGCAUCUUCGACGCCAUCACGCGCGUCUUCCAGCGCCACGGCGCCGUGACCAUCGACACGCCCGUCUUUGAGCGCCGCGAGAUUCUCAGCGGCAAGUACGGCGAGGACUCGAAGCUGAUCUACGACUUGCAAGACCAGGGCGGCGAGCUGUGCAGCCUGCGCUACGACUUGACGGUCCCGUUUGCACGCUUCGUAGCGAUGAACCCGACCGAGUAUGGCAGCAUCAAGCGCUACCACAUUGCCAAGGUGUACCGCCGCGACCAGCCGGCACUGAGCAAGGGUCGCUUCAGGGAGUUCUAUCAGUGUGACUUUGACAUCGCCGGCGUGUACGACCCCAUGGUGCCCGACGCCGAGAUCCUCCUCAUCCUCGUCGAGGCGCUGGACGCACUGGGCAUUGAAAACUUCACCGUCAAGCUCAACCACCGCAAGAUUCUCGACGGCCUCUUUGCGGUGUGUGGCGUGCCCGCCGACAAGACGCGGGCGAUUUCGUCUGCGGUGGACAAGCUCGACAAGAGUCCCUGGAGCGAGGUGAGGAGGGAAAUGACGGUGGACAAGGGACUGGAUGAGCAGGUGGCCGACCGGAUUGGAGAGUACGUCAAGCUGAAGGGCGGUGCCGAGCUGCUCGAGAAGCUCUCUGCCGACGCCGUGCUGACGGGCAACAAGAUGGCCUCGGAGGGCCUCAAGGACAUGGCGCUGCUCUUCGGCUUCCUCGAAGUGUUCGGCAUCAUGGAUCGCAUCUCCUUUGACCUGUCGCUCGCACGCGGCCUCGACUACUACACGGGCAUCAUCUACGAGGCCGUCACUGCUGCUUCUGCGCCGCCCUCGGCACCUGCUGCGGGGCAGGCCGUUUCGGCGCCGGCGCCGGCGCCGAAGAAGGCCAAGAAGAAGCUUGCGCCCGGCGAGGAGGAGGAGGACAUCGACGAGUCGUCCGUCGGCGUCGGCUCCAUCGCCGCAGGCGGACGCUACGACCAUCUCGUCGGCAUGUUCAGCGGCAGCAAGAAGCCCGAUGCCGUGCCGUGCGUGGGCGUGAGCAUCGGCGUGGAGCGCGUCUUUGCCAUCAUGAUGGCGCGCCUGCGCGAGCAGGAGGCGGCGGGCGAGAAGAGCAGCGUGCGGGCAAAGCCCGUGGAUGUGUUUGUGAUGAGCAUGGGCGGCGACGGCUUCCUCAAGGAACGCAUGAAGACGGCAAAGAUGCUCUGGGAUGCUGGUGUCAAGGCCGAGUUCCUCUACAAGACCAAGCCCAAGCCGGCGCCGCAAUGGGCCGCCAUCGAGAAGGACGCCGUGCCGUAUACGCUCAUCAUUGCGCCGGAAGAGUGGGCCGCCGGCACGGUGCGCGUCAAGAAGCAGGGCGGCAAGGACUCGGAGGAGGGCCAGGGCAAGGGCGAGGUCGUGGCGCUGGCCGAGGUGGCCGAGUAUCUGAAGCGGAAGCUGGCCGAGCCGUGAGUAGGUGAGCAAUGAACACAAAUAGAGCAGUCCGUGUAUUUCAUCGCGCGCGCGGACAUGCGGCGCUCUCUACGCUCCUGAGCUCAGUCCGAACCCCAGCCAUCAUCGCUCGGCGCUCUUCUCGC